AUGUUAAAAAACGAUCUUUUGAUUGAAGGAAUCACUAUAUUGAUAAUAAGCAUGAUAUUUUUGAUUGUUGGUUUGUUUUGGAAUCGUAGUAAAGGAGAGUUUGGAAGAAUGGGAAAGAAUGCAAGAUAGAGAUAAGAAAAAUGUUAAUUUUCUGAUAUUUUGACAGAUUCAGAAUUCAACACUUUAUUAGAUGAAACCAAUUAUAUUGAAUGA